GAUAAGUCCGACUGUUGAACGCAACGCAUCUCUGGCAAUCCCCCCGCGAGGGGAUAUCGACGUCGUGAUGCUGGGGCAUCGAUGCGGGAAACGAAGAGGGUAGCGUUUGAACGGCGAAGAGAGCAAAGACAACUCAUUCAUCGGGAAAUAUCGUGAUAACGCCCCGUUCGAGUCGCCGAUAAGAUUCGACAAAGAUGAAGGCAACUGUGUCAGGUGUCUCUCUUCUUCUGUGUCUUUUCUGCAUCAAUUUGCCGGGUGUUAUUAUGAACUUUGAUCCGUUCUGCGGUGGCCACUUGGCCGGCUCUAGAGGUGUCAUACACACGCCGAAUUUUCCAGGGCCAUUUCCGGUUCCGAUUAAGUGUCGCUGGAUAAUCGACGUGUCUGACAUUCCAUCGACCAACAGCUCCAUCGUCGUCUAUCUGACGCAACUUUACGUCUACAAAGGGCUCCGCUUCACCGAAUACGCGUAUUAUGAGUCCGAGACCAUGAAUUAUGGAGCUGCUCUAAUAAAGGAGGUGACAGAAGGAAAUGUCUUCGAGUAUCGACGUCUCAGAACCUUUAGGCCGUUCCUAGUGGUCGAAUUCGAGAUCGAUCGGCUCGAGGGCAAUCACGUCAGGGUUUUGAACAAUCUACUCGAUGUAUAUGGAUUCAACGUGACGUACGAAAUGACCGAUGAACAUCCGAAUCCUGAUUCCUGUACCAUUCGCGAUUGUUCCUUCGCGGGUAACUGCUUUGUCUCUGCAGAUUAUACGUCUUUCUGGUGCGAUUGUUUUGACAGUUUUAGCGGAAGAAAUUGCAACGAAGGCCCAUUGUGUUUUAAUGAUGAACAUGUUCCAGUUUGUCAAAAUGGAGCUACAUGCAGGCAAAUUGGGGCAGAAGCAAUGCGCUGCGAUUGCCCGGAUGGUUAUGUCGGACACAAUUGCGAAACACGUCUUUUAGAUACUUCGGAUACUGAAUGCGCUUCGGAAAAUUGCAUACUGCAAUGUCCCGUUGACGGGCAGGAACAGCCGUGCAUUUGCAAAGACGGAACAAAGAUAUAUAACAAUCGAUCAAGAUACGAGUGCAGAAUUAAAUUAUCAAACGUUACAUCUCUUCGCACUGGUCUGAUAUCACAACACGGAAGUUUGGAGUUAUUCGUCAAACUACUCGCAAAGUAUUUAAGGAACUCCAAUAUUACUUCCAUGGAGGAAUUAAAAAUCCUGAACGUUACACCAACGGCCGAAGUUACGUUUCAUUUUUUCGGGAAUUCCGACGAUGGAGAUAAAAUCCGUGAAUCUCUCAAUCGACUCGUACAGCGUCGACGCCUCGGCGAAAUUGGGUUGGAAUCCACGCACUUUACAUUUCAGCAAAAACCUGCGCUUAAGUUGCAGAGUCUACGUAUUAAUCAGGUAAACGAUUAUGAAAUUCACUUGGGAGAGCAAAUAGUCUUGUUUUGCGCUGCUCAAGGAAGCUAUAGUAUAAGUUUCACUUGGUACAAAGACGGCAUGUUGGUGAACACGAGUAAAGCUAUCAGAGAAAUUUGGAUUGGCCAUUUGCCAAACGAUGGAUCGGAUGUAUACACAUCGGUACUGAAAAUCGAGAAAGCAAAUCUGCUCGAUGCCGGUCAAUACACGUGUCAGGUGAUUGAUUGGGGUGUGCAGCAAUGUAAGAGUAUUUAUGUCGAGGUCAGGGAUGAACCAGACGUGAAGGUGGUACCGAUGAGCGCCACUAUAGAGAAAGGCAAUAAUAUACAGCUGACGUGCAUGACUCCCAAUAUGCGUAACAUCGGCAUCGGAUUCGGUUGGACGAAAAAUCGUGCCUUACUUAAACUGGAGCUCGGUCGAGCAGUUUGGGAGGAUUUGUAUCCAGCGGGUAGCAUUCUAAAAAUCACUAAUAUUGAGAAAUCAGCAAUUUACACCUGCAACGUAGCGCACAAGUCUAUGUCUGUGCGAGUUGAAGUUUUGAAUCGAACGUUGAUACCGAUAUGCUUCAAAGGAAAAUCCUGGGGUUUGCAAUGGCCAGAUACUGCACCAGGAUCAGAAGCACUGCUAGAAUGCCCCCGAUAUUUCGUAGGCCAACGAGUAUCCAGACUCUGCUCGAUGAAAGAUGCUACCACACCUGAAUGGCAGAUACCGGAUUUUUCAUUUUGUUUAUAUGAACCUUUGGUUUUGCCAUAUAAUAAUUUUCGAAGCCUAACAUUGGGUUAUCAAAAAAUCACCAGUUCAGAUACGAUUCUCGCCUUUUGGAAGAUCUUGAGUAAACGUACAUUGCCGCUUUACCCUGGUGAAGGCGAUCGUAUAAUGAGCAUGUUGGCAGAAAUUGAACGAUAUCAGUACAAUAUCGAUCCACGAGAUGCAUUCACCUCUACGGAAGUUUUGACUUAUAUAAUAAAUCGCAUACUCAGUGAUGAGUAUUCAAUUUUAACUCAAGAGAAAAUAUCGGUGUUGCUUCAACUUACGCAACGCAACCUAAUCCAUUGGUCCAAACAAUUGAAAGAUGUAUACAAACAUCUGUCUUUAUCAUCUAUGGUUGUGGAUAUUCAGCAACUGCAAUCUCACAGUGGAGAUAGUAUUACGCAUUCUCUUCAAAUACCUUCGCCUGAUUAUAUAUACCCUGACUGGUAUGAGGAUAAAAUAGUUAUACGAUUAUGGAAAAAGAAGCAGCGCAACAUAAAAUUUAAUAAUACAUUUACCGGAAUCUCUAUUGUCUACAAAAACAUGUCACAUUUUAUACCUACGGCUUACGUUAAGGAGCUUGACGAUGGCACGGACUUAGAAUUUCGCAUCAAUUCUCGAAUAAUCACUGUUGCGGUGCCUUCCUUCGGCACCGAUAAAUAUAAUAAGAUAUGGAUCGAUCUACAAAUUCGACAUUUACAAAAUCAGACAAAUUCUUGGAAUACGUCGUGCGGCCUGAUAGAUAGCACUGGCUCGUGGGAUCUAAAUAUUUGUAUAGCGAAUACAGUGUCCGGUGAUAUGACGCAUUGCCUAUGCCCUACUACGGGUACAAUUGCUGUAUUUUUAACAGCUCAUGCAGUAAAAGUAGUACUGGCGAAAACAGAGCAGACCACGUUUAUCAUAAUAUUUGGAUGCAGUAGUUGCCUUGUGCAAUGUUUACUGUCUGCCCUGAUACUCGGCACUUUUUGGUGGAAGCAUAAAAGCUGGCUGAAUUUUUUAAAACUUCAGUGCUGCGGUGCUUUGAUCGGCGCAAUGGCUAUCUUCAUCUAUGCUAUUCACACUAAUCUUCCAGAAUCAAAUUACUCGCUCGUAGCGAUAGGAUUAGAAGCGUUUCUCCUUGUGGGCAUGUCUGCGCCUAUUUCCGAGGCUCUAAUAGUAUACGCUGAACUCACGCAAAUUCGACCGAGCCAACAUCUUCAACCAACAGUAAUCGCCGUGAUAACUGGUGUACCAAUUUUGGCUGUAUUUGCAACCGAAUUAACACAUCAAAGUACCGGAUGGCGACACGAAUCCUGGUGGCUCAUGUAUGGCAGUGGUGUUUAUAAUAUAUUUGUCAGCUGCGCUACAAUGAUGUUUUUAGUAUUCAUGCUGCUGUAUAUGGGGAUGCUCCACAAGGUUCAUACCUUAAUGGAAGAAAACGUGAUGAAGAGAGAAGCUAUAGAAAUGAGAAUACGAAUAUUGCAUCGCGCAGCUAUCGUGAUAUGCGGCAUCGUCUCCAUGGAAGCGUCCUCUAUUUUCUAUAUAAAUUCAUCGUCCAUCAUUUUUCACUACGUAUUUGCGUCCUUAUCUUUCGCCUUGGGCUUCAGUAUAAUAAUUGUGUACAUCGUUAACGGCGAGGGUACGAUUAUCGGACCAAUGCUACGGAGAAUCAGAUGGAAACGCAAUGUAAACGAGGAACACACAUCAGAACCCAUCAAAGUGUGCUCAAAAACUGAUGCUGAGGUGGAAAACGAUUCAGCGACUCCCCCGGCGCCGUCGUCGAUUUCCGGCGAACCGUAUCGGGAAGUGCGAGGUGUUGCUGCAGGUAGCAUAGAUAUGCGCGAAUUCGUGUCCGAGUCUUCAUCCUACAUCAAGCCCUCCGUCCCUGCGACCGGCAGAUUCUUGCCGGAGAUUCGAAUAGAUCAUUCGGACAAUAUCGAUCUUGAGAAUUACAAUACGAGCCCGCGCAAGUAUCAAGAACCGCCGGUAUUUGUCGACCCAGCGUUUCCUGCGCGCAAUUCUCGUGGCUGCGUCAACGAAGUGCUGACCUACGGUGUCAACGAUCACGGCACUUUCCGCAGUGAUGUCAGCAAGUAUCGCGGUGACGGCAAGAUCUUCCUGCCUGCGGCGAGCGUGUCCCCUGAGUCUUCGGCCAAAGUCCUCUGCAGCGCCGAUGUGGAAUCGCGAUUGGGCGCGAUGCCGGAUGUCACGUUGGCCGUAAAGAGCGACAUCGAGCUGUCGUCACGAACGAGCGCAGAGGUGAAGAGCCGAGAGCAUGUAGUGAGCGCUAUGCCGGACAUCGCCAACACGAGUGAGCGUAAGCAGCCCGACGGCGAGGAAAAAACCCCGGAGAUCGUGGUGACUAGUGGUUGCGACAGCACGACUAGCGGUAUGCUAGACCGCAUCUCUCACGAUCUCGACUAUCUACUUAAUCGUACGCACGUCAACGAGGGAGCUUGAAAUCUCUGUCAAGAUCGUGAGAAAGUAUACACGCGAUAAAUGCGUGAAUAAGUGUAGGUUGUUAAAUUUGUACAAAAUGGAUUUUGCCACUAAAUUCCAUAUAAAUAAGUAAAUCACAAUUCGUUUCUUCGUAUUGUAGUUUAUUUAGAAUAAUAUUCAUCAAUAUUGCGUUUUUCGCUAUGUAAUGAGGAUUCGACGUAAAUCCAUAAUGUAUAACAUGAUAUGCUCGUACUGGAAGCUGUGUGAACCACACAGUCAAGUACACACACAUAUAUAUAUAUAUAUAUAUAUAUAUAUAUAUAUAUAUAUAUAUAAUCCCUUCUUAUUUCUUAUACUCUCGCAUAUAUGCACUCGCCCAACCAAUCUCAUAAUCUGAUAUUAUUGAUUAUGGAUUGGCAAUUAGUCAUAAAAGAAAAGUCGACACGACAAGUGAUCAUCAUCGUACUCCAUCCAUCAGAAUUUACUUUAAAUAUAAUCUCGAAUUUUUCGUGUUUUAUUAUAGACUUUAUAUUUACGUCCAUUGUAUCACGAGGAGACCUACCGUCCCUCCAAAAAUGAAUAUAUAACUCCAAACAAA